AUGAAAGUCGCCAGCCCUACCGGCGGACAUCGGGUUUCCGGGUACCAAUUCACGCUUUCCUCCGCAGUGUCUGAUAAACCGAGGGCCUACGAGGCGUGGACACUCCCCCUCCAAGAGGGCGAGGAGGUCCAGAAGAUGUUCCCGCCUUCGACGAACGGGCCUGUCGCUUCACUUGGGAAGGUCCUGGGUAAUAGGACGACGUUGUACAAGUAUUUGAAUCCGCGGUUGUUUGUUGUUGUUUCGAGGACGCAUUCGGGUGCAUCCAUCGCAGGUGGUGUGGAGGACGCUACGGAGGAAGGAGGAUCGACCACCGACAACCAAAACGGCACAAACACCCCCAAAAAAUCAACCGGCAAAUGCGCAAUCCGCGUCCUCGACGCCACCAAAGGCAGCGUAAUUUACCACCGCGAGGUCGCGUCCUACGACGACGUCUGCGAUCUGCAUGCGAGUUUGACGGAGAAUUGGUUGGUGUGGCAUUACUACGAGGGUGCGGAAGAUGGGUUGGGGAGUAAGGGAUGGAGGGUUGUUUCGGUGGAGUUUUAUGAAGGCGGUGGGGUUGAUGAGAAGACUAGGAGCUCGGAUAUGUCCGCCUACUCAAAUGCGACGCUCGAUUUGACGGUGUAUGAAGAAUCGUUUGUGUUCCCGCACGGGAUUACUGCUAUGGCGCCUACGAUGACCAAGUUUGGGAUUACGAGUAAAGAUAUGAUUUUCGCCACGAAGAACAACAAAUUGCAGUCCUUCCCUCGUCGGUACUUGGACCCGAGGAGACCGCAUAGGAAGCCUACAUCGGAGGAAAUGGAGGAGGGGUUGAUACAGUAUGAUCCUGUGGUUCCUGAUGAUCCUAAGCGUGUUAUUUCGCAUUAUUAUCAGAUCGCAGGCACCCAGCACAUCCUGACCACGCCCUCCCUCCUCGAAUCCACCUCUCUCGUCUUCAGCUACGGCUCCCUCGACCUCUUCCUCACGCGCGUCAGUCCCUCGGGUACGUUUGACGUCCUGAGUGAGAGUUUCAAUAAAGCGCAGUUGGUUGUUACGAUUUGUGGAUUGGUGGGUGGGAUUUUGGUUGUUAGGCCUGUUGUGGGGAGGAGGAAGGUGAAGGCGGGGUGGUAUUUGUAG